AUGGGGGUGGCUCUGGAACAGUUCUUCAUUUCUGUAGGGCUGCUGGCGUGCCUAGCGUACCUGGUGAAGUGUGCGAGAUUCUCAAAAUGUAUUCUUCGGCACUUCUGGAAAGUUUUGCCAAGGUCUUUCUUGAAGUCAAUGGGACAGUGGGCAGUGAUCACUGGAGCAGGAGAUGGGAUUGGGAAAGCUUAUUCAUUUGAGCUAGCAAGACAAGGACUCAAUGUUGUACUUAUCAGCCGGACGCUGAAAAAGCUACAGGCCAUCGCUGCAGAGAUUGAGUGUACCACAGGAAGCAGCGUGAAGAUUAUACAAGCAGAUUUUACCAAAGACAACAUCUAUGAGCAUAUUAGAGAAAAACUUGAAGGCUUAGAAAUUGGAGUUUUAGUCAACAAUGUCGGAAUGCUUCCAAACCUUCUCCCGAGCCACUUCCUUGAUAUACCAGAUGAAAUCCAGAGUCUCAUCCACUGUAACAUCACCUCAGUAGUGAAGAUGACACAGCUAAUUCUGAAACACAUGGAAUCAAGGCGGAAAGGGCUCAUCUUGAACAUUUCUUCUGGGGUGGCCCUCUUUCCCUGGCCUCUCUACUCCACGUAUUCAGCUUCCAAGGCUUUUGUGUGCACGUUUUCCAAGGCACUGCAAGCAGAAUAUAAAAGGAAAGGAAUCAUUAUUCAGGUGCUGACCCCUUAUGCUGUUUCGACCUCAAUGACAAAAUAUCUAAACACCAACAUGAUAACCAAGACUGCUGAUGAGUUUGUUAAAGAAUCACUGAAUUAUGUCACAAUUGGAGAUGAAACCUGUGGCUCUCUCACCCACGAAAUCUUGCGGAGCUUCCUGAACCUGAUACCAUCCUGGGUUUUGUACAACAGCACAUUCCAGAAGAAAUACAUGGACUACCUCAAGCAGAAUACCAAGACCAUAUAGUCCAAGUGGGCUGAUGCUCCAUCCAGCAUUGUCCUCUUCUCCAAGUUCUGUGUUGGCUGCAGAAAACUUAUGAACAGACCAGCAUCUGCCACUCCUCUGAAGCUGGAGACACUGUGUCAUAAAUGCAGUACUGAAAAUGCAACUUUUUUUUUGCCACUUUACUUGAAUUUGGAGAUCUUUGGGAAAGCUGUAGUAUAAAAAUGUAUUGUGCAAUGGGGUCUUAAGGCUUUCUUUGUGAGAAGAUGAGGGUGUCUAUAGAAAAAACCAGAAGAAUUUCUAUGUGGGAUUAUAACAGAAAUGUGGUGAGAAGAAAGCCUUUGAUAUUUUGAAUAUUGAGAAUAAUUUAUACCUAUAAGCUACUUUAUAGCUAUGUUAAAGAAUGUCUGAAGGAGGUGCCUUGGUGGCUCAGGUGGUUCAGUCCACUCUUGAUUUCCACGCAGGCCAUGUUCUCUUAGUUUUAUGAGUU